CCACAGCAGCACACAGCAAGUCUCAAGAAGACUCCCGCCCCUAUAGAGCGACCUACAAGGCACUUCCUGCACACAGCUGCUCUAUGGGAGCUGUAGUUUCAGUGCUGGCAGGGAGGGUGUAUGAUGAGUGCAAAUGAGAGGUAACAUUGCUCACAUGACUGAGGACUUUCUGACAGGCGAGAGGAUAGGUGGGGCCAGAGGACAGAGGAAGGUGGGAGUAACGCUAGAGGUGGACCCUCAUUCUCAGUAUAUACCCCGCUCAGAGAAGGACUAGGAGCGGUGUCUGGAGCCCCUGGUUACGCACAGACCCCAGGCUGGAGGCAGCGAUGCUGAGUGCUCCUAUUGAGUGACCGCCCGCUGCUGCAUCAUGGGGAGCUUUGAUCACUUGUUUAAAGUGCUUGUUGUGGGGGACUCCUCUGUUGGCAAAAGCUCCCUGUUGAACAGGUAUGUCAAUGACGUCUUCGGCAAGGAAUACAAGAUGACUAUGGGAGUGGAUUUUGCUUUGAAGGUUGUGCAGUGGUCAGAUACAGAGGUGGUCAGACUACAGCUGUGGGAUAUUGCAGGUCAGGAGCGAUUUACUUCCAUGACACGGCUUUAUUAUAAACAGGCCUCUGCGUGUGUAAUAAUGUUUGACCUCACCAAUUCGGACUCCUUCAGAAGCUGCCAGAUGUGGAAAAAUGACUUGGACAGCAAAGUGACACUACCAAAUGGUGAUCUUGUGCCUUGUAUACUACUUGCUAACAAGUGUGAUCUUUCUCCAUGGGCUGUGAGCAAGGAGGAGAUUGAUCAGUUCAGUAAGGAGAACAACUUCAUUGGAUGGACAGAGACUUCUGUUAAGGAAAAUAAGAAUAUCAAUGAAUCGAUGAGAGUGCUCAUUGAGAGAAUGAUGGAGACCAGAGAAUACGGGCGCUCCUCUAUACCACCACAGGGAGAUUACAUUAACCUAAAAGACAUUUCUGUACCUGGAUCGGGUUGCUGCUAACAAGUAUUGCCCUAAUAACUAAUGCGAUCGCAGUGUUCAAUAUAUUUCAGAAGGACAAUGGUUCUGAUGCAGGAGACCAAUGCUAACUUGCUCAUCCAUUAUUAGCAAAGUACUUUUUGGGCCUUGGACGAUCUAAUUAGGAGAAUGAGGAUUCUUUCCACCUUAUCUUUGUUGUGAUUUACUUGCUGCCUAUUUUUUUUAUCUUCAUUUUUGGGUGCAAGUUCCAUUUUCAAAGGUGAAAAAUAAUUUUAUAAGUUGUUUUGAGGGCUUGUAUGCCAUAAUUUGACUCUUGAAGAUUGGACUGCACCGUGAAUUUGGUAGACCUAAUAACAUUGCAUUUUCUAAAGGGAGCUACAGUACAGUAAACACUGUAUAUAUUUUGAUGUGUUUAUAUUGUUAGAAAAGCAUUAGUCCUGGGAAAAUUCACCAUAAUCUAUUCUAGUGGUAGAAUGUACCCCGAAUGUAUAAUAUGCCAGAAUUAGGUGGAAUAUUUUUGUACAGUAUGUACCAUGUCAAAACUAACAAACAAAAGUCCAUGGUACUAGUAUUUCCUUCCAGUUUUUCAUAUUGCACGUAUAUAUAUGUGUAUAUGUGUGUGUAUAUAUAUAUAUAUAUAUAUAUAUAUAUAUAUAUAUAUAUAUAAUUUUUUUUUUAAGUGACUGUAUAUUCUUAGCAGUAUUUUACUGUAUUUAAUGGGUUUUUUUUUAUUAAAAACAAAACAAAAACAAAAAAACCACAACUGUUCAUUGGAGCCCAGGAAACAUGGAAUCCUUUCAAACAGCAGGGACAAUACUCAUCCACCUCAUCAUAAAUUGCAGUGUAAAAAUAAAGCAGCCAGUAUUUACCCUACACAGAAACAAUAUAACCCACCCAAAUCUAACUCUCUGCAAAUGUUAUAUCUGCCUCACCUGCAGUGCACAUGGGCCCUCAUUCCGAGUUGUUCGUUCGCUAGCUGUUUUAGCAGCAUUGCACACGCUAGGCCGCCGCCCUCUGGGAGUGUAUCUUAGCUUAGCAGAAUAGCGAACGAAAAAAUUAACAGAACUGCUAAUAAAUAAUUCUUAGCAGUUUCUGAGUAGCUCCUGACCUACUCACAGAUUGCGAUCAGCUCAGUCCGUUUAGUUCCUGGUUUGACGUCACAAUCGCGCCCUGCGUUCGGCCAGCCACUCCCCCGUUUCUCCAGACACUCCCGCGUUUUUCCCUGACACGCCUGCGUUUUUUUGCAAACGCUGGGAAAACACUGAAUUGCCGCCCAGAAACGCCCCUUUCCUGUCAAUCAUUUACUGAACAGCAGUGCGACUGAAAUGCGCUGCAGAUGCCACAGCAAAACUGCUAAGUUUUGUGUUAAAUAGCUAAGCGCAUGCGCCCUGUGUGCCUUGCGCAUGCGCAAUUAGCAACAAAUCACAACCUAGCGAAAAUCGGCAACGAGCGAACAACUCGGAAUGACCCCCAUGGUUUUGCCCAUUAGCUAACAAAUUUGAUGCUGCAAUCAGGUCUUAAUUAGGCCCACAGUCUGUGUUGGAAGAAGAUUGUUUUUUUUUUUUUUAGUAGAAUAAUUGUGCACUUUAUUCAAGUCAAAUAAGUGAUGUUAAUUAAAUGUUCUCAGAAAUAUGUUCAUCCUAUUCUUAACUAAUAAAUAUUUUCUUGUGAAA